AUGGAUGUCAAUUCCUCAACUUUGAGAAAAAUAUUACAAGUAGAAAUGCUCGAUCAGACUCAGCGAACUUCCCAAAUAAAUAUGCUAUUAAAAAAGAAAAAACAAGAUGUCGUCAAUAUCAGUCUUCCAGCUGAUAAAUUAGAUAUGAAUAAAGUUGAUUUAUGUGUACUUGAAGCAAUACAUGAGCCAUAUAAUGCUGAAAGAAUUGGGAAAGACUUAACUUAUUUAUCAAAUAAUGGCAUAGGUGUAGUCGGAGGCAAUGAGUUUCGACCUGACGUUGGUGUUGUUAUCAAAAGCCAACUUUUGGUCAACGAUCGUGACAGAGCGCUAUUUAAAAUUGAUCUUAUUCAGCAACAUCGGGUUAGAGUUGAAUAUGUUGGAAUUGCUAUUCCUGAUUUGACUAAUUCUUUUCUUCCGAAUCCAAAUCCCCUAAAUCCUACUAACCAUGCAACUCCUGAAACCAAUCGAACCGAUAGACCCGCAAGAGCUCCGUAUGUUAUUCAUUCAUUGGGACGCAAACAACUUUCCAGUUUAUUAUAG